AUGACGUUGCGCGAACUAACUCAAAAUGUCCGAGUCGGGCGGUGCUGGGUCGCGUUACCAACAGCCGUGUUGACGGUUGCGGGGAUGUGCACGAUGGUCGCAGUCUUGGUGUCGGGGAUGUCCAUACACAUGCAGUUGCGAAACUAUCGCAAGCCUGCACUUCAACGGAUGGUGGUCCGUAUCAUGGUUAUGGUACCUCUAUACGGGAUAGCCUCUCUAAUAUCGCUCUUUUCCUUGCAAGCCGCCUUCUUUAUCGACGCGAUUCGAGACGUUUAUGAGGCCUUCGUCAUCUACUGUUUCUUCGUUCUCCUGUUGUCCUAUCUCGGGGGUGAACGCUCUCUCCUCAUCAUGAUGCACGGAAGACCACCCAAGGAUCCUGUUUUUCCCGUCAGUCUUUGGAAGCGGGAGAUCGAUGUCAGCGACCCGUACAUGUUUCUAUUCCUCAAACGGGGGAUUUUGCAAUAUGUUCAAAUCAAACCCAUACUUGCCAUCGUCACUAUGAUCCUCAAGGCGACCGGCAAGUACAACGAAGGCAACCUGCGCUGGGACUCUGGCUUCCUCUACAUUAGUGUAAUAUAUAAUACCAGCAUCUGCCUCAGCCUGUACUGUCUGGCUGUCUUCUGGAUGUGUACAAACGAGGACUUGCUGCCCUUCCGGCCUAUGCCCAAAUUCCUUUGUGUUAAGGGAAUCUUGUUCUUUUCCUUCUGGCAGGCGCUGUUUAUCUCGAUCCUUGUUUCUGCUGGCGCCAUCAAACACCUCGGUCCGUAUACCCGAGACGAGGACGAGGACACCAUUGCGCUGGCCCUGACUGACCUCUUGAUCUGCAUCGAAAUGCCCCUUUUCGCCAUCGCCCAUGCAUAUGCGUUUUCUCACACGGAUUUCAUUGACCGAGAUGCAACAUUUGUCGCCCGGAUGCCAAUGUUAUAUGCGAUGCGAGAUUCGUGUGGGAUGCUCGACGUCGUUGCCGACAGCAAAGCCACGCUACGGGGCGAAGGGAUGGAUUACCGGGCUUUUGAGCCUAGCGAGGGUUAUAUGCACCAGGGCGAAGGGAGGGACCGGAGAAUUCGGGCCGGCCUCCGUUACGCAGAUGGGGGGAGGCGCAAGUAUUGGCUGCCACAACCUGCCGAGAAUACCCAAGUCGGAGGGGGAGGUGUGCGUCGUAUCGUGGACGGUCUGAUUGGCCAAAGGGACAGUCUGGAUGAUGUGCAUGCACCAUUGAUGGCACAGCAGGAGGAACGCGUGGUCACUCUCGCUCCCGAUUUGGUUCAACAUGACAGUGAAGACAACAUCUGGACCAGUAGUGACGACGGUGACGGGUAUUCGCUGCCAUUUGGAGACGCAGAUGCACUCGGGGACGAAGAACUGUUCCGAGUCAGUCGCAGCUUCGUCUUCGGCGACUAUAACUACCCGGUCAUUGAUGUCAGCUCUGAGCAAGCUCGAACGCAGAUCUGGGACGAGGAAGAGCGCGUACUCAGAGACGAACGUGGGGCUUGGUUCUCUCCAAUCCGGGGUCCUGCUGGUGUCCAGGCCUCUAUCGAUGCUCGUCAGCAUCCUCGUUGGAACGGCUACGGUGCAGUUGGCCAGACUGGAAGCCGUCCAAAUGCCUCGUCUCCGCUCGCAACUUCAUCCAGAGAACGACUGGUCGACCACAGCGAAGGCCUGAGCCAGAAUCAGGAAGGAGCAGAUGAUGUCAAUGUCCGUUUGCGAUGGACCAAAACGCAUGCACCCAGCACUUCUCGCACAAACUCCGGCGCUCCGAAACCUGCUGCCAGCGCGGGCAGUCCUCCCGGCUCCCGCCAUGACUCAGUUCUACCGCCAGAUGCGGUGGAUCUUGUUGUCGAAGACCCCCAGAGUCCCGGGAACUCUGGGCUGAGAAACAUCUACCGGCAAGGCCUUGUCCGGGAAGACUCGCAUGGCCGCAGAGUCGAAGGAGAAGUCGAAGUGACGGACAUGCGUUCCCGGCCAAGCACACCGACGAGGAUAGAUAUCGGCGAGAAAGUUUCGGAAGCUGUGCGGGAGGGCGACGAUGCCGAGGUUGUGGUUGCGCGAGUUCAGACACCUCCGGCUCAUGCCCAGCUUACUCCUAGUGGUUCGGAGGAUAAUCCGUGGGCGUAG